CUUCAUCCAAGAAAAUUGCUUUAUCUGGAAUCGCUCGCUAAUUUCGAGGCUUCCGAUUUCCAAAGCCAUUGAAGAAUGCAAUCAACUGAGUAAAUCUGCGAGUUGAAGAAAAAACGAAUGGAUGUCUCAUUUGGAAAAUUCCAAUCUAAAUUCAACAAUUUCCACUUCCGGCCAUCCCUUCCGCCGCACCACUACUGUAAAAUCAAUCACCUGGGAAAAGGAUGCAAAAGUUCUCGUUUCGCCAUUUCUAAUUCAGCAAUCGAAUGUGCAUUAUGCAAACUAUUGUCGUUGCUCUUAUUUUAAGCAACCAAUCUGGAGAAUUUCAAGAACUAAUAAUAUAGCAUCGAGUACAAGAAUACACUCAUGUGCAUCCUGGCCUUCUUCCUACCCAGAAAUGAAGUUUGGUCGAAUGCCUGGAGAUUAUAAUAUGUUCAAACACAAUAGAUUGCCACGGUAUAUUGCUGUCAGAUCUGAACUUGUUGGUACUGGCUCUGCAGGUGCUGCCUAUCCACUGCCAGAGCUGCAGUUUGGCUCAAAAAUCAGAGGAAUUGGCUUCUAUGCAGCUACCGCUUUCUCUGCCAUUUUUUUGUUUGUGCUAAUGCUUGCUGCACAUCCUUUUGUACUCUGUUUUGAUCGCUACCGUCGGAAAAUUCAUCACCUUGUUGCUAUGGUCUGGGCAAAUCUGACUGUCUCUCCAUUUUAUAAUAUCGAGAUUAAGGGAUUGGAGAAUCUGCCUCCUGAUGAUACUCCUGCUGUGUUUGUAUCCAACCACCAGAGCUUUUUAGACAUUUACACUCUCCUUACUCUUGGGCGAAGCUUCAAAUUCAUUAGCAAGACUGCUAUUUUCCUCUUUCCUAUCAUUGGUUGGGCCAUGUAUCUGAUGGGAACUAUUCCCUUGAGGCGUAUGGACACCAGAAGCCAAUUAGAUUGCCUUAAGAGAUGCAUGGAUCUUGUCACGAAGGGAGCAUCUGUUUUUUUCUUCCCAGAGGGUACUCGGAGUAAAGAUGGAAAGCUAGGGGUUUUCAAGAAAGGUGCAUUCAGUAUUGCUGCAAAAACUGGAGUUCCUGUUAUUCCUAUAACCCUUGUUGGAACUGGAAAAAUCAUGCCUGCAGGAAUGGAGGGCAGAUUAAAUUGUGGGUCAGUUAAAGUUGUGAUUCAUCAGCCUAUUGAGGGAAAUAAUCCAGAAGCAUUAUGUAGUGAGGCAAGGAAUGUGAUAUCAAAUCAGCUUAAUCUCCAAGGAUGAGAGAUAAGAGCAGUAUUCUAGUUCCACUUUAGGAUCAAAAGGUUUAAAGGAUUUUCUGGCUUAAAAGUUACUCUCCAAGGUUUGUCAAUCCUUAGGGUGUUUGGUUGGAUGGAGGGAAUUAGGAAGGAAUUGUAAUUUGGUGAGAAUAAAGUAGGAAUUCAAAUUACAUUGUUUGGUAGGGAGGAAUAAAAUUAUUUGGAAUGAGAAUGGAAGAAGUGAUAUAAAGAC